AAUGAGAUGCGAAGUUCGUCCCGGUCCAGAAUAUCUAAUGAGGAAGUAUACUAUAUACCAUGGUAACAUUUUCACGGCAACCCAAUUCUACUACGGCGACGUCUUUUGUACGCAUCCUUUAUUUAGUAUUUCCGCUCAAGGAUUCUUAAAAAUAUCAAAAAAGCAAAUGAUCUUAAUCCCGGGAGCCUACAAGGGCAUUUAUCAUUUAACCAAGGUCUCCGUUACUCCAUUUACCGAUGAGGUAGCAAAAAAGCUCUUUGAAAUUGUUGAUAGAACGUGCGACGAGAAGAGAUGGCAAUACUCAGAUUGGCAAAGAGGCAAAACUAUUGAUAUUCAAAGUCAUCUAAAAUACCAUAAUGAAAUUUUGGAUUUUGAUUGUACUCACUCGUUCGACUUUUCUCUGAACGAAUUGCAGCUCGUACGCAUAGAAGAAGAGGUCAGAAAGCAUAGAGUCUACCGUCGCCUUAUGCUUGGAGAAAUUCACACGGAUAGGAAUCAAAGAAUAACUCAUAGGCCUAGUGCAUUUCAGAUUGAACUCGUGCCUUCCGAUACACACAAAUGCGGAAUUUGUAAAAUGAUUGCUAAAUCAACAACUUUGAAUCCUCCGUCCUUGCACUAUCAUAUUAUCAACACGGAAACUAAUAUACCAUUAAAAGGAGAAUGGUUUAGCGAAAGAUGCGAAUCCAUGUCCUCAUCUCAUUUUUUAACAAGACGAAUGAUACUCAAGGAUAAUCAAAACUGGGAAUCUUAUUAUCACUAUUACUCAGAUAUCCUUUGUAGAGAUGCGCUCUAUACGAUAACGACAAGUGGUACGUGGAAAGAUAAUGGCCCACACAAGCAUAUGACUGGAACAAGAAACUUGGUUUUUCACGCUAAACAAGCUACACUUAAGGUCGAAGAUAAGAGAAUUUGUAACAAUCUGAAUAGUGUGGCAGCGCCACCUUGCGGAAUCCGCGGAUCCUGGUUCGUUGGUAAAGAGCAAAAGUUAACCGAAUCGAAUGGUUGCCCAGCAUUAGGUAUUGUUCUACCGUAUACUGUACACGAGAUAGCGAGAAUAAACCACAAUAAUCGACAAGUUCAAUUGUUGUUUGGGGCUAGAAGAACAGAUUUAGCAACGGAAAAGGAGGCUGAUUAUUUGCCAACUUCUUUUCAAUCCCCUUUGGCCUUUUGCGGUCAUUACAUUCCCCGAAUGAUAGGAAGAGUAGGGAAGGGAGGGGAAUACGAAGAAGAGAAGACUCGUGUAAAUAAGAAAGAUGCAUGUAUAAAUAGACUGAACAUUAUUUUUGCCGAUUCAUACUUCAAUAAAGGAGAGAAAGGGAACAAGAUGAAAAUUGUUUAUUUCAUUAGUUUUGCCCUUUUCGCUGCUGUUUACUCAACAGUGGAUGAGAACUUGGCAAGUCAUCACAUUCUGAAAAUUAUUCCAUCUUCGGAAGAUCAUCUUCAUUUUCUACGCCAAUUAAAGGAUGAGGCUGACUUUUGGAAUGAUGUUGGAAAAGUUGGACAACCAGUUCUCCUUCAUGUCAAUCCCGAAAAUGAAAAAAUUCUUUCAGAAAUGCUAACACAGAUGGAAGUUCCUUUUUCCAUUGACGAAGAAACUGUAGAAAUGAAGCUCAAAUCCUUUUUUAAGAGUCAUCACGCUUCUAGAACUACCGAAAAUGUGAAGGAUUACGAUUUUGAUAGAUAUUUAGAAUACGACGAGAUUGAACAGUGGUUGGUCAACACUGUGGCAAAAUGUACUAAUAAUCUGGCUUGUAGCCUUGUCAAUAUUGGAAAAACUUACGAAAAUAGAGAUAUGUGGGUUUUAAAAGUAGGAAAGACUGUUCCAAAUGAGAAAAAGAUAUGGAUUGAUGGUGGAAUUCAUGCUAGAGAAUGGGUUGCCCCUUCAACCGUUAUAUAUACUAUUAAUGAGUUAAUUGAUGGUUACUUGAAUAAUGAUCAAGACACUUUAAAGAUAUUUGAAAAAUAUGACUUUUACUUUCUACCCGUUGUUAAUCCUGACGGUUACGUUCACUCUCAUUCAUCGCCGCUGGAGCGUUUAUGGAGAAAAAAUCGGAAACCUAUUGCAGGUUCCACUUGCGUUGGAGUUGAUCUUAACCGAAAUUUUAACCACAUGUGGGGAGAAUUUGGCUGCUCUCUGAAUCCUUGCAGUCAAACCUUUUGUGGCACGGGACCACUAUCAGAAAUUGAAGCCAAAAAUUUGAAUGAUUAUAUAAUGGGAUUAGGCGGUGGAAGUAUUUUUGAUGUAUUCAUUACCAUGCAUUCCUAUAGCCAGUUAUGGAUGAGUCCUUGGGGAUAUACAGUUGACAUACCAGAAGAUCACGACGACUUGAUCGAAGCGGGAAAUAUAGCAGCCGCCGCCCUCUUUGAUGUUCAUGGAACAGUAUAUACAGUUGGACCAGCAUCGCACAUCUUAUAUACAUCAAGUGGUACUUCGCGUGAUUGGGCAAAGGGUAUACCAAAAAUAAAAUACGUCUACACAAUAGAACUCAGAGAUAGGGGAACCCACGGAUUUCUCCUUCCCCCAGAGCAAAUCCUUCCAACAGGUGAAGAAACUUGGGCUGGUUUGAAAGCUAUGUUCUUGCAUAUCAUUGAAAAACAAGGAAAUAAGAGUUAA